UCUGAAGAGCCGCCCAAAGACCUGCCUUUACUCUUCAGAACCAAACCUGGACCUUCUCCGGGGCUCAGCAGUGAGUCUCUGAAGAGCGACGCCUCCAAAGACCUGCCUUUACUCUUCAAAACCAAACCUGGACCUUUAAGAGAGACGUCUGGAGUUUCUGUGGACGAGCAGACAACCUGCUGUUCUUUGUGUCAGAAAGUCCUAAAGGAUCCGGUCUCUACCAGGUGUGGACACUGGUUCUGCAAAUACUGCAUCACCUCACACUGGAACCAGUCUGGUCCACCAGGAGACCUCUGCUGUCCUCAGUGUGGACAGAACAUCAGCGCACUAAAUGAGGGUCUGCAGGAGGUUCUAGAUGAACAUAAGAUCAGUUUGAGGAGCAGAUUUGAACAUGUGACUGAAGGAACUGGUGGAAGAGGAAGUAGAACCCUCCUGAACAGGAUCUUCACUGAGCUCUACAUCACACAGGGGCAGAGUGAAGAGGUCAAUACUCAACAUGAGGUGAGGCAGCUGGAGACGACCUUCAAGAAGAAGAUGGUCCAGGACACUCCCAUCAAGUGCUGCGACAUCUUUAAAGCCUUACCUGACCAGCAGGGUCGCAUCAGAGUCGUCCUGACCAACGGCGUCGCUGGUGUUGGAAAAACCUUCUCGGUUCAGAAGUUCACUCUGGACUGGGCCGAGGGUUUUGAAAACCAGGAUGUGAAUCUGCUGAUUUUGCUUUCGUUCAGGGAGCUGAAUCUGAUCAGAGAUCAGCAGCACAGUCUUCUCACGCUGCUCCAUGUUUUCCAUCCAACAUUACAGAAGGUCAACUCAGAGAAGCUCGCUGUCUGUAAACCUUUGUUCAUCUUUGACGGCCUGGAUGAAAGCAGACUCUCACUGGACUUCAGCAGCAGGACGCCGGUUUCUGACGUCACACACAGGUCAUCAGUCAACGUGCUGCUGACCAACCUCAUCCAGGGGAAUCUGCUUCCCUCAGCUCUCAUCUGGAUAACUUCUCGACCUGCAGCGGCCAAUCAGAUCCCUCCUACAUGUGUUGACAGGGUAACAGAAGUACGAGGCUUCACUGACGACCAGAAGGACGAGUACUUUAGGAAGAGAUCCAGAUCUGAAGAUCUGUCCAGCAGAAUCAUCUCACACAUCAAGACGUCCAGGAGCCUCCACAUCAUGUGUCAAAUCCCAGUCUUCUGCUGGAUCAGUGCUACAGUUCUGGAGCACAUGUUGACCACAGAGCAGAGAGGAGAGCUGCCCAAGACCCUGACAGACCUGUACUCACACUUCCUGCUGGUUCAGAUCAAGAGUAAGAAGAACAAGUACGAUGAAGGAUGUGAGACGAGUCCACGGGAGCUGACGGAGGCUGACAGGGAAGUUCUUCUGUUGCUGGGGAGGCUGGCCUUUGAAAAUCUGCAGAAAGGAGACAUCAUGUUCUACCAAGAAGACCUGGAACGGUGUGGUCUUGAUGUGACGGAGGCCUCUGUGUAUUCAGGAGUUUGUACAGAGAUCUUCAGAAGAGAGAGCGUGAUCUUCCAGAAAACAGUCUACUGCUUUGUUCAUCUGAGCAUUCAGGAGUUUCUGGCUGCAGUCUACAUGUUCCACUGCUAUGCCAACAGGAAGACAGAGGUACUGCAGGACUUCCUGGGAAAACAAGAUGAUAAUUCAAUCCUGGAUGAAUUCAUGAAAGGAGCCAUGAAGAAAUCCCUUCAAAGUGAAAAUGGUCACCUGGACCUAUUUGUUCGCUUCCUUCAUGGACUCUGUCUGGAGUCCAACCAGAAACUUGUGGGAGGUUUGCUGGGUCAGACUCAGAACAGUCCAGAAAUCAUCCAGAGAGUCACUGACAACCUGAAGAGGCUGAAGGCUUACAACAUCUCUCCUAACAGAUGCAUCAAUAUCUUCCACUGUCUGAUCGAGAUGAACGACAACACGGUGCACAGGGAGAUCCAAGAGUUCCUGAAUGCUGAGAAAAGACCAGCAAAGGAGGUGUCUGAGAUCCACUGCUCAGCUCUGGCCUACAUGUUGCAGAUGUCAGAGGAGGUUCAGGAUGAGUUCAACCUGAGAACGUUCAACACAUCAGUGGAGGGACGUUUGAGACUGAUUCCAGCUGUGAGGAACUGCAGGAGGGCUCGAGUCAACCGGUGUCGACUCUCACAGCCUCACUGUGAAGUCAUUGGCUUGGCUCUGAAGUCCAACCCGUCUUACCUGACACAUCUGGACCUGAGGUGGAACCACCUGGAGGAGUCAGGAGUGAAGGAGCUGAGUUCUGGACUGCAGAGUCCACACUGUUGCCUGGAGAACCUCAGUCUGAGUGAGUGCAGGUUGACAGAGAUCAGCUGUGUCUCUCUGGCCUCGGCUCUGAACGCCAACCCCUCGCACCUGAAACACCUGGACCUGAAUAAAAAUGAGCUGAAGGAUUCAGGAGCGAAGGAGCUGAGUGGUUUUCUGCGGAGUCCAGAUUGUGGACUGGAGACUCUGAGUCUGAUUGACUGCAGUUUGACAGAGAUCGGCUGUUCUUCUCUGUCCUCGGCUCUGAAGUCCAACCCGUCCCACCUGAAGGUCCUGGACCUGAGCUGGAACAAGUUGCAGGACUCUGGAGUGAAGGAGCUGAGUAGUUUUCUGGAGAGUCCAGAUUGUGGACUGAAGACUCUGAGUUUGAUUGACUGUGGUCUGUCAGAGAUCAGCUGUUCUUCUCUGGCCUCGCCUCUGAAGCUCCGCCCCUCCAACCUGAGACACCUGGACCUGAGUGGAAAUGACCUGCAAGACUCUGGAGUGAAGGAGCUGAGCGCUGGACUGCAGAGUCCACACUGUGGACUGGAUACUCUGAGCUUGAGUGAGUGCAGGUUAACAGAGAUCAGCUGUUCUCACCUGGUCUCGGCUCUGAAGCUCCGCCCCUCUCCCCUGAGACACCUGGACCUGAGUAUGAACCUGCUACAGAACUCUGGAGUGAAGAAGCUGAGUGGUUUUCUGCAGAGUCCAGACUGUGGACUGAACUCUCUGAGACUCAGUAGGUGUGGUCUGUCAGAGAUCAGCUGUUCUUCGCUGGCCUGGGCCCUGAAGCUCCGCCCCUCCCACCUGAGACACCUGGACCUGAGUGGGAAUGACCUGCAGGACUCUGGAGUGAAGGAGCUGAGUGCUGGACUGCAGAGUCCACACUGUGGACUAGACACUCUGAGUCUGAGUGAGUGCAGGUUAACAGAGAUCAGCUGUUUUUCUCUGGCCUCUGCUCUGAAGCUCCGCCCCUCACACCUGACACACCUGGACCUGAGUGUAAACCCGCUGCAGGACUCUGGAGUGAAGGAGCUGAGUGCUGGACUGCAGAGUCCAGACUGUAAACUACAGACUCUGAGACUGAGUGACUGCAGUUUGACAGAGAUCAGCUGUUCUUAUCUGACCUCAGCUCUGAAGUCCAACCCCUCCCACCUGAGACACCUGGACCUGAGCUUCAACAACCUCCAGGACUCGGUGGUGAAGGAGCUGAACGGUCUGGUGAAGAGUCCAGAUUUCAGACUGGACAUUCUAAGGUGGAGGCGGGACUUUCAGGACAGGUGGGUUUGAAGAGGACGAGCUGGUCUCUGCCUGGGUCAUGUGACUUCAGACCUUCAUCCUGUAGUGACUGACAGAAAAAUCUGACUUUAUUAGCUACAGUAGCUGUUAGCAGCUACACACAGUCUAACCACGCCCACUCUGCUGCUACAACCACAAACUCCACACUCCUCUCUGUAGCUGCAAGUGCUAACUGUAGCUUCUACAGUAGCAUCAGUGUUUGACUUCAACUGCUACAUUAGCUUCCAUCAUUGCGCGCGGCCAUUCAUCAAAGCUACCUUCAAGUUAGCCACUAGCGACAGUUGAUGAUUGUUUUAAUGAUGAAAUGUAGUAAAAUAUGAUCUAAAGUUUGAUUGUAAAAUUGAAAGUGUUAUGAUCAUUUAAUUAAUUCAUGAUUCUGUAUUUCAUUCAUUUCCUGUUUUAUUUUGUAUUUGGACUCAUUUCAACUUCCUGUUGUUUGACGUCAGCUGAUUUCACUCCAUUGUUUGGGCCUGUUUAUUUCAUGUUUGAUCAACAUUUCAUUAAUCUGGAUUUUUGACUCAAUCAUCCUCUGAGUCGUCCUGUGAAGCACUUUGAGUUGCACUGAAUUGUAUAAAUAAAGAACUGAUUGAUUGAUUGAUAAACUGUGGGUUCAGACAGAGAAACGCAGCGUUUUGUUUUCUCCUCUGUUUGAUGUGUUACAGUUAUAGCGCCACCUGCUGAACUAGCAUUUCACUUGACAGUAGUUCUGAGAACUUUUUUUUAUCUCUGUUGAUUAUUUCAGCUUUGUCCACUUUAUGUAUCUAUGGUCUAACAUGAGUGGGUGUGGCUUGUGGUCUAUACUGCAGCUAGCCACUAGAGGGCGCUCCUGUCAUGUCUAUUUUGAUUUACUUCGACAGAAAACUUUUAUAAAAACAACGUAAGAACAGGAAGUGUCUGUCAAACAGGAAGUGCUUUACAUUCACCAUGAGCUAAAGCUUCAUAAUAAAACAUUUUAGUGUGA